UUUUUAGAGUAUAAAAUCAACAGUCUUCUCCAAAGGCGAGAUCUUCGAGCAGCUGCCCGACAUAUCCUUUGUGCUGACAUUUCAAACGCUGAGGAAAACCGUACUAGAUUGUUGAGUUAGUGAUGCUAUGAGGUGUUAGUGCACCUGUCCCUCUUUUUUUAUUAUUAUUAUUGCUGAACUUAUUACAUAAAAGAUCAGGGAAAGAUGGUUGUAUCUAACAAUGAACAAUCUUAAUGGCAUAAAACAGUAAACAAAAAUGUAUGAGAUUAUAUACACAGAAAAAAAGCACAGUGACCAGGUUAAAUAUCUUUGAAUAAUUCAUCAUGAUGCUUUUUUUUUAGAAGCCUGAGCGGUGAAAAAAGUUAAAUUCAACAAGAAAAAGAAGAAAACAGGAGAUUUAAGACACUUUUGCUUGUGGAUGAUAAAAAUAAAAUAAUUAACAAAAUAUUCAAGAGAUAACAAUUUUGGGUUUUUGUAAUAAAAAAAAUUAAAAAUGCUUUAAGGAUAAAACUGUGGAUCACAUUAGUGGAGUUACAAAUAUAAGAACUUAAAUCAACACAAAAUGUAUUGGCUACUACAAUCACAAAAUAAAAGGGCAGCUGUUUCUUCAACAAGACCACAAAAUGAGCAAAUUUUAUCAGUAUCAAGAUACUUUAGAUUAAUUAAACCUGUCACUCAUAUAUUUUAAGUUGUAGCGCUUGUUAUAAACACAUAAAACGUCAACAUAGCGGAUGAUAUCCGAAUCGCAUUCAUACUUAACGCAUUCAUGCUGUAGAGAAUGUACUCUUUUAGCGCUCGUUAAGUACUUAUUGAAGAAAGUAUGCGGUUUCGGACGCAGCCCGACAACAUCUCGUUUUAACAUCUCGCGUGGUUCUGUGUGAUUUGGACAACUUCAAGUUACGCCCCCUUCCAGUUCGCAGACAGACCCUUCUCGAGUUUGUUGCUGACAGAACGUGAACAAGAAUCGAUAGUGUUCAAAGACAUCUGGAUUCUGUUCCCUUUACACAAGACCGUUUGUACUACUGCAAGUCAUGCUGAACCGCUGACAUUUUUUCACAAACCAGUGCUGAUAAUUGAACUGGCUGUUCAACUGCAGUAUGUCAGGGGACCGAGGAAAGGACUCUCCGUCUGAGAUGAGUCUUCCCGAGGAACAUGGAGAAAGAUCGGACUCAGAUGUGUUCAGCUCUGUGUCUGUGAAGAGUGACUGGUCAAAAGAUGAACCACUGAAAUUCAGUGAGAAAAAACCUUCAUCUUCCAAAAGUGUAAGAUCAGACUCAGACGUGUUCAGCUCUGUGUCUGUGAAGAGUGACUGGUCAAAAGAUGAACCACUGAAAUUCAGUGAGAAAAAACCUUCAUCUUCCAAAAGAGAAAGAUCAGGCUCAGAUGUGUUCAGCUCUGUGUCUGUGAAGAGUGACUGGUCAAAAGAUGAACCACUGAAAUUCAAUGAGAAAAAACCUGCAUCUUCCCAAAGAAAAAGAUCAAGCUCAGACGUGUUCAGCUCUGUGUCUGUGAAGAGUGACUGGUCAAAAGAUGAACCACUGAAAUUCAAUGAGAAAAAACCUGCAUCUUCCCAAAGUGUAAGAUCAGGCUCGUGUGUGCUCAGCUCUGUGUCUGUGAAGAGUGACCGGUCAAAAGAUGAACCACCGAGAUUCAGUGAGAAAAAAACAUCAUCUAUCAAAAGCAACAAAGGACAGAAGACCACAGUAAAUAUUGGUGCAGAAUUUACACGGUGGGAAACUCUAAAAGCACAGAAGGGACUGAAGAGUGAUGUGGAACUGGCAUCUUUUCUUCUCAACCGGAUUCAAUAUGAGAAAACAGACUUCCAGAAUUACCGCUUCAAAAAGAAUUUCAGAGAAAAUCUUGUCUGGAUCUUCCAGGACCUUGAGUACAAAAUAACUGUAUUUCUGAAGACUGAACUGGAAAAGUUUAAGAAAAUAUUAAAAAAAGAGAACACACAAUACUUUGUCCAGGACUUUAUAGAGGACAUGUGCAGUGUCAAAGAAGCAGCUCUUGAUAUCACACUUUACUUUCUUAAAAAUAUGAAGCAAGAUGAACUUGCAGACACUCUAAAAGAUGAGCUGGUCUUCAUUCAUCAACGACAACUUAAAUCAAACCUGAAGAAAAAGUAUCAAUGUGUGUUUGAAGGAAUUGCAAAGCAUGGUGACUUCACACUUCUAAAUAACAUCUACACAGAUCUCUAUAUCACUCAGGGUUGUAGUGAACAGGUCAAUACUGAACAUGAGGUAAGACAGAUUGAAAAUGUUCGCAGGCGUGCUGAGUCACAGGAGAUACAGGUUGAAUGCACAAAUUUGUUUGAAGCACCUGAACUAGACGAGCAGAUCAGAACUGUACUGACAAAAGGAGUUGCUGGCAUCGGAAAAUCCAUCUCUGUUCAAAAGUUUAUUCUGGAUUGGGCUGAAGGAAAAGAAAAUCAAGGUAUCAGCUUCAUAUUUCCUCUUCCAUUCAGAGAGAUGAACUUGAAGGAGAAAGUAAAACAAAGUUUGAUGAGCCUUGUAAGUCAGUUUUUCCCAGAGACAAAAGGACUGAACCUUACAAGAAAUGAUGAAUUCAAAGUCCUGUUCAUCCUUGAUGGUUUGGACGAAUGCCGUCUUCCUCUGAACUUUAAGGAGAAUGAGACGUGGCGUGAUGUAUCUUCACCAGCAUCUCUGGAUGUUCUCCUAACGAACCUCAUCAAGGGAAAUCUGCUUCCUUCUGCUCUCAUCUGGAUCACCACCAGACCAGCAGCUGCCAGUAAGAUUCCUCCUGACUGUAUCGACCGGGUAACAGAGAUACGAGGAUUCAAUGAUGCACAAAAGGAAGAGUACUUCAAAAAAAGAUUCACGGAUGAGAAUCAGGCCAAAGAAAUCAUUGAUCAUGUUAAAAAAUCAAAGAGUCUCUUCAUCAUGUGCCACAUCCCAGUCUUCUGCUGGAUUUCAGCCACUGUUCUCCAGAACAUUUUAGAGGAGAAAAGAAAUAAUGAUUUGAAAAACAAUCAGGCUGAUGACGCCUCCAAAACACUGCAGGAAUCAAAUACUGAAGACACUCCCAAGACUCUGACACAAAUGUACACACACUUUCUCCGCUUUCAGAUGCUGCAGAGUCGUAGAAAAUAUGAUGGAGAAUACAGACCAGAUGUUUCCUGGGAUAAAGAUGUUAUUCUGUCACUGGGGAAACUGGCAUUUCAUCAGCUGGAAAGAAAUAACCUGAUCUUCUAUGACACCGACCUGGAAGCUUCUGGUAUUGACGUUGAUAAGGCAUCAGUGUAUUCAGGCAUGUGUACCCAGAUCUUUAAGGAGGAAACAGGGAUCAUUCUUGGUACCAUGUACUGUUUUGUUCACAUGAGCAUUCAAGAGUUUAUUGCAGCCCUUUAUGCACAUCUUUUUCUAGACAUCAACAAGAAAAACGCAUUUGUUCAUGAGUCUACAGAACAGGAAAACCAAAAUGACAGCAUGAUUGAUUUGCUCAAGACUGCAGUGGACAAGGCGCUUGAGAGUGACAAUGGACACCUGGACCUUUUCCUUCGCUUCCUUCUCGGUUUGUCACUGGAGUCUAAAAAAACACUCUUACGAGGUCUAUUGACACAGCAAGACAACAAUGACCAGAGCAAAAAGGAAAUAGUUCAGUACAUCAAGCAGAAAUUUGAAGAUAAUCUUUCUCCGGAUCGAUCCAUAAAUCUGUUCUACUGUCUGAAUGAACUGAACGACCAAACUCUGGUGAAAGAGAUUCAAACCCACCUUAGAGAAGGAAGUCUGUCAUCUUCUGAUCUUUCUCCUGCCCAGUGGUCUGCUUUGGCUUUUGUGUUGUUGACAUCAGAGGAGGAGAUGAAGAAGUUUGAGCUUCAGAAAUUCAAGAAAUCAGACGAGUGUCUCAUUCGACUAUCAUCAGUCAUAAAAACUUGCACAGAAGCUUUACUGAAUGAUUGUAACUUAACAGACAGAAGCUGUUCAGCUCUGGCUACGGUUCUUGAAUCAGAUUCCAAUCUGAAAAAGCUGAACAUGAACAAUAAUAAUCUGAAGGAUUCAGGAUUGAUUUAUCUCUGCACUGGACUGAAGAGUGUAAAGUGUGAAUUAGAGAAACUAGAUCUUUCAGACUGCAGCAUCACUGAAGAAGGUUAUAAAGCUCUGGCUUCAGCUCUGAGAUCAAACCCUUCACACCUGAUAGAGCUGGAUCUCACAGGAAAUGAUCCUGGACAAUCAGGAGUGAAGCAGCUCAGUGAUUUACUACAGGAUCCAGAAUAUUCACUGAAGACACUGAGGUUUUUGAGUCCAGCUGCAGAUGAAGCCUGUCAGGAUGUGAAUAGAGUUCUGGGUGAAAACCUGUUACUGCUGAGAGAUCUGAAUCUGAGUAAACAUAAACUAGGAGAUUCUGGAUUGAAGAAACUUUCUAUGGUACUGCAGGAUAAACACUGUAAACUCAACACACUGAUUCUGAAUAACAGCAAUAUUACAGAAGAAGGUUGUGCAGCUCUGACUUCAGCAUUUGAUUCAAACCCUUCAAACCUGAUAGAGCUGGAUCUGAGUGGAAAUAAACUCGGAAACUCUGGAGUGACUCAAAUCUCCACUCUACUGGGAAACUCUCAGUGUACACUGCAGAUACUCAGACUUUCAGACUGCAGUAUCACUGAAGAAGGUUAUAAAGCUCUGGCUUCAGCUCUGAGAUCAAACCCUUCACACCUGAUAGAGCUGGAUCUCACAGGAAAUGAUCCUGGACAAUCAGGAGUGAAGCAGCUCAGUGAUUUACUACAGGAUCCAAACUAUCAGCUGAAGACACUGAGGUUUUUGGGUUCUGCUGCAGAUGAAGCCUGUCAGUAUGUGACUGGAAUUGUGGGUAAAAACCCGUUACUCCUGAGAGAGCUGAAUCUGAGUGGACAUGAACUAGGAGACAAACAAGUGAAUCGGAUCACUGCUCUACUGCAGGAUAAACACUGUAAACUCAACACACUGAAGCUGAAUAAUAACAGUAUUACAGAAGAAGGUUGUGCUGCUCUGACUUCAGCAUUUAAUUCAAAUCCUUCAAACCUGAUAGAGCUGGAUCUGAGUGGAAAUAAACUAGAAAACUCAGGACUUAAAAAGAUCUGUCAUCUGGUAGAAAACAAACAAUGCAGAUUAGAAAAACUGAAACUUUCAAACUGCAGCAUCACUGAAGAAGGUUAUAAAGCUCUGGCUUCAGCUCUGAGAUCAAACCCUUCACACCUGAUAGAGCUGGAUCUCACAGGAAAUGAUCCUGGACAAUCAGGAGUGAAGCAGCUUGAUGAUCUACUACAGGAUCCAAACUGUCAACUGAAGACACUGAGGUUUUUGAGUCCAGCUGCAGAUGAAGCCUGUCAGGAUGUGAAUAGAGUUCUGGGUGAAAACCUGUUACUGCUGAGAGAUCUGAAUCUGAGUAAACAUAAACUAGGAGAUUCUGGAUUGAAGAAAUUUCUAUGGUACUGCAGGAUAAACACUGUAAACUCAACAUUGAAACUGAACUUUUCUCUUAACAGUCUGAAUAACAGCAAUAUUACAGAAGAAGGUUGUGCAGCUCUGACUUCAGCAUUUGAUUCAAACCCUUCAAACCUGAUAGAGCUGGAUCUGAGUGGAAAUAAACUAAACUCUGGAGUGACUCAAAUCUCCACUCUACUGGGAAACUCUCAGUGUACACUGCAGAUACUCAGGUUUUUGAAAAGUCCUGCUGCAGAGGAAGCGUGCAAGUAUCUCACUAAAGUUCUGGGUAAAAGUCCAUUAUUACUGACAGAACUGGAUCUGAGUGAAGAUAAAUUAGGAGAUCUGGACUGGGAGAAACUCUCUGCUCUUUUGAUGGACUCUCAUAGCAAACUGGAGAAAAUGAAGCUGAAUAAUUGUGAGCUGACAGAGAAAAGCUGUUCAGUUCUAGCUACUGUUCUCUCCUCCAAAACCAUCCUGAAAGAGCUGAACCUGAACAACAGCCGUCUGCUGGACUCAGGAGUCAAACAGAUCUGUGAGGGACUGAAGAAUCCUGUGUGUGAGCUGAAGAUACUCAAGCUCAGUCAGUGUGAUCUAACAGAUGAAAGCUGUUCAGCUCUUGCUUCGGUUCUCAGUUCAGCCUCCAACAGUCUGAAGGAUCUUGAUUUGAGCAACAAUAAUCUACAGGGUUCAGGAGUGAAGCUGCUCUCUGAUGGACUGAAAGAAAACUGUAAACUAGAGAAGCUCUGGUUUUUGGGUCCUGAUGCAGAUGAAGCCUGUCAGUAUGUGACUGGAAUUGUGGGUAAAAACCCGUUACUCCUGAGAGAUCUGAAUAUGAGUGAACAUGAACUAGGAGACACACGAGUGAAUCAGAUCGCUGCUCUACUGCAGGAUAAACACUGUAAACUCAACACACUGAAGCUAAAUAACAACAGUAUUACAGAAAAAGGUUUUGCUGCUCUCACUUCAGUGUUUAUUUCAAAUCCUUCAAAGCUGAUAGAGCUGGAUCUGAGUGGAAAUAAACUAGGAAACACUGGAAUCGAGAAGAUCUGUCCUCUGUUGAGAAAUCCACAAUGUAGACUGAAGAAACUGAAGUUUUUGAAAUGUUCAGCUGCACAGGAAGCGUGUGACUAUCUGAGUCAGGUUCUGGGUGUAAAUCCAUUGGUACUAACAGAACUGGAUCUGAGUGAAGAUAAAUUAGGAGAUCUGGAUGGAGAGAAGCUCUCUGCUCUUUUGAUGGACUCUCAUUGCAAACUGGAGAAAAUGAAGCUGAAUAACUGUGAGCUGACAGAGAAAAGCUGUUCAGUUCUAGCUACUGUUCUCUCCUCCAAAACCAUCCUGAAAGAGAUGAACCUGAACAACAGCCGUCUGCUGGACUCAGGAGUCAAACAGAUCUGUGAAGGACUCAAGAAUUCUAAGCUAAAGAUAUUGAAACUUUCAGACUGCAGUAUCACAGAAGAAGGUUAUAAAGCUCUGGCUUCAGUUCUGAGAUCAAACUCAAACCUGAUAGAGCUGGAUCUCACAGGAAAUGAUCCGGGUGAAUCAGGAGUGAAGGAGCUCAGUGAUUCAUCAAAAACACUGAAAACACUGAGGUUUUUGGGUCCUGCUGCAGAUGAAGCCUGUCAGUAUGUGACUGGAAUUGUGGGUAAAAACCCUCUGCAUAAGUGUGGUCUAACAGAGGAAAGCUGUUCAGCUCUCGCUACAGUCCUGAGAUCAAACUCCAGUCUGAAAGAGCUUGACAUGAGCAACAAUAAUCUGCAGUAUUCAGGAGUGAAGAAACUCCAGGAUGGCUUAAAAAAUACAAAAUGCACACUGAAGAAACUCAGGUUUUUGGGUCCUGAUGCAGAUGAAGCCUGUCAGUAUGUGACUGGAAUUGUGGGUAAAAACCCGUUUUUGGGUCCUGAUGCAGAUGAAGCCUGUCAGUAUGUGACUGGAAUUGUGGGUAAAAACCCGCUGAAUAAUAACAGUAUUACAGAAGAAGGUUGUGCUGCUCUGACUUCAGCAUUUAAUUCAAAUCCUUCAAACCUGAUCGAGCUGGAUCUGAGUGGAAAUAAACUAGAAAACUCAGGAAUGAAGAAGUUCUGUUCUCUGUUGGAAAAUACACAAUUCAGAUUAGAGAAACUAAAUCUGCGUAAGUGUGGUCUAACAGAGGAAAGCUGUUCAGAUCUCGCUACAGUCCUGAGAUCAAACUCCAGUCUGAAAGAUCUUGACAUGAGCAACAAUAAUCUGCAGGAUUCAGGAUGUCACUCCUUCAGGUGCACAUUCCUGAGUCACUGUAAUGUGAUUACAAUUAAGUCAGACUGCAGUAUCAGUGAAGAAGGUUAUAAAGCUCUGGCUUCAGCUCUGAGAUCAAACCCUUCACACCUGAUAGAGCUGGAUCUCACAGGAAAUGAUCCUGGACAAUCAGGAGUGAAGCAGCUCAGUGAUUUACUACAGGAUCCAAACUAUCAGCUGAAGACACUGAGGUUUUUGGUUCCUGCUGCAGAUGAAGCCUGUCAGUAUGUGACUGGAAUUGUGGGUAAAAACCCGUUACUCCUGAGAGAGCUGAAUCUGAGUGAACGUGAACUAGGAGACACACGAGUGAAUCAGAUCACUGCUCUACUGCAGGAUAAACACUGUAAACUCAACACACUUCAGCUGAAUAAUAACAGUAUUACAGAAGAAGGUUGUGUUGCUCUGACUAAAGCAUUUAAUUCAAAUCCUUCAAACCUGAUAGAGCUGGAUCUGAGUGGAAAUAAACUAGGAGACUCAGGAAUAGAGAAGAUCUGUCCUCUGUUGAAAAAUACACAAUGCAAAAUGGGAAAACUGAAACUUUCAGACUGCAGUAUCACAGAAGAAGGUUAUAAAGCUCUGGCUUCAGCUCUGAGAUCAAACCCUUCACACCUGAUAGAGCUGGAUCUCACAGGAAAUGAUCCUGGACAAUCAGGAGUGAAGCAGCUUGAUGAUUUACUACAGGAUAAGCGCUGUAAAUUAAAGACCAGGUUUUUGAAAUUUCCUGCUGCACAGGAAGCAUGUGAUCAUCUCACUAAAGUUCUGGGUACAAAUCCAUUACUUCUGACAGAACUGGAUCUGAGUGAAGAUAAAUUAGGAGACCUGGAUGGGGAGAAGCUCUCUGCUCUUUUGAUGGACUCUCAUAGCAAACUGGAGAAAAUAAAGCUGGACAAUUGUGAGCUGACAGAGAAAAGCUGUUCAGUUCUAGCUACUGUUCUCUCCUCCAAAACCAUCCUGAAAGAGAUGAACCUGAACAACAGCCGUCUGCUGGACUCAGGAGUCAAAGAGAUCUGUGAGGGACUGAAGAAUCCUGUGUGUGAGCUGAAGAUACUCAAGAUCAGUAAGUGUGGUCUAACAGAGGAAAGCUGUUCAACUCUCACUUCAGUUCUCAGUUCAGACUCCAGCAGUCUGAGGGAUCUUGAUCUGAGCAAUAAUAAUCUACAGGAUUCAGGAGUGAAGCUACUCUCUAAUGCACUGAAAGGGAACUGUAAACUAGAGAAACUCAGUCUUUCAGACUGCAGUAUCACUGAAGAAGGUUAUAAAGCUCUGGCUUCAGCUCUGAGAUCAAACCCUUCACACCUGAUAGAGCUGGAUCUCACAGGAAAUGAUCCUGGACAAUCAGGAGUGAAGCAGCUCAAUGAUUUACUACAGGAUGGACGAUUUACAUUAAAGAUAAUCAGGUUUUUGAAAAGUCCUGCUGCACAGGAAGCAUGUGAUCAUCUCACUAAAGUUCUGGGUACAAGUCCAUUACUUCUGACUGAACUGGAUCUGAGUGAAGAUAAAUUAGGAGACCUGGAUGGAGAGAAACUAUCUGCUCUUUUGAUGGACUCUCAUAGCAAACUGGAGAAAAUAAAGCUGAAUAAUUGUAAGCUGACAGAGAAAAGCUGUUCAGUUCUAGCUACUGUUCUCUCCUCCAAAACCAUCCUGAAAGAGAUGAACCUGAACAACAGCCGUCUGCUGGACUCAGGAGUCAAAGAGAUCUGUGAGGGACUGAAGAAUCCUGUGUGUGAACUGAAGAUACUGAAACUUUCAGACUGCAGUAUCACUGAAGAAGGUUAUAAAGCUCUGGCUUCAGCUCUGAGAUCAAACCCUUCACACCUGAUAGAGCUGGAUCUCACAGGAAAUGAUCCUGGACAAUCAGGAGUGAAGCAGCUCAGUGAUUUACUACAGGAUCCAAACUGUCAACUGAAGACACUGAGGUUGUUACAGAAUCCUGAUGCAGGUGAAGCCUGUCAGUAUGUGACUGGAAUUGUGGGUAAAAACCCGUUACUCCUGAGAGAGCUGAAUCUGAGUGAACGUGAACUAGGAGACACACGAGUGAAUCAGAUCACUGCUCUACUGCAGGAUAAACACUGUAAACUCAACACACUGAUUCUGCAUAAGUGUGGUCUAACAGAGGAAAGCUGUUCAGCUCUCGCUACAGUCCUGAGAUCAAACUCCAGUCUGAAAGAACUUGACAUGAGCAACAAUAAUCUGCAGGAUUCAGGAGUCAAGAAACUCCAGAACGGAUUAGAAAAUACAAACUGCACACUGAAGAAACUCAG